AUGGCAUUGCAAAUUGCGAAGACGAAAGUGAUGAAGAAGACUGCAAUUCAUGCCAUGGUGACGCAUUUCACUGUGCUGACAGAAGAUUAUGGAUGGAAGGAGUGGUGGCUGUGGCAUGUUGCAUCUGAUUACACCCUUGUCGCUGAAGAAAACGUUCCAAUCGUGGGUAAUGUGUUGGCUACAUUCGUGAAUAAAAAAAUUCCAACAUACGUAAAAGUCCACCUGAUAGGAUUUAGCCUCGGUGGUCAGAUAUCGGGCAUUGCAGCGAGAACGCUAAAAGACGCCAAUCUAAGAACCAUUGACCGGAUAUCGGCAAUCGAUCCAGCAGGUCCGAUAUUUGAACACACCAUUUGGGGGUUGGGGUUCGUUGUCAAUAGGAAGAAUACUUUGAGGAAAGAAGAUGCGGCAUUUAUCGACGUCAUUCAUGCAAGCAAACUACUGGGCAUGCGAGAGGAAGCGGGCCAUUUGGAUAUUUAUAUGGAGGAGAUAGGCUGCAGCUAUCAGGAUAUUUGCGAGGACCACAAGGCCUUCACAGCUUAUAUAAAAUCCAUCACAACGUGUUCCCAAAUAACGUGCCCCAGGGAUAAGAUAGUCGCUGUCUAUAGAUACAUAUAUGCAUGCAAAGUUGAGUCUCCUUCUGAACUUGCCAGUUUGGGGUACUUAGCAGAUUUGUAUAGCGCUCGAGGACGUCAGACGAUUAAGUUUGACCUUGAUUACCAAUUCAGUGCCAACGAUGACCUUUAUAAAGCGACAUGGCCUUGUACGUCCUUGUUAAAUGUGUAUCUUCCAGCAAAAGACAGGCUUUGCCACAAACCUCCGACUUCUACUAACCCGGAUUGCAGGUUAAAACCUUAUUCCCCUUAG